AUGAAUUUUCAAAUUGGCUCGGGAUUUAACCCAGGAGAUAAUCCUACCAAUCCAGUCAUCCCUGAUUUAGAUGUAGCUGAGAAGGAAGAUAUGAGACUCGAAUCAUCAAGGCAAUUAGAGGAACGUUGCAGAUGGUUAGAGGAGAAAUUUAAGGGAUUAGAAAACACUGAUAAUCGUCAGGGAAUUGAUGCUAAGGACUUGAGUUUGGUCCUAGAUUUGGUACUCCCUCAUAAAUUCAAGAUGCCAGAAUUUGAGAAGUACAAUGGAACUACUUGCCCUGAGGCCCAUAUCACAAUGUUCUGUAGGCGGAUGACUGUCUAUGUAAACAAUGAUCAAUUAUUGAUCCAUUAUUUUCAAGACAGUUUGGUUGGGGCAGCGACUAGGUGGUACAAUCAAUUGAGUAGUGCAAAGAUCGGUUCCUGGAGAGACUUAGCAGAAGCCUUUAUGCGGAAAUAUAAUCAUGUGACCGACAUGACUCCUGAUAGAAUCACCUUGCAGAACAUAGAAAAGAAGCCUAAUGAGAGCUUUAGGCAAUAUGCACAGAGAUGGAGGGAAGUUUCCAUGCAAGUUCAACCACCGCUUUUGGAGAAGGAGACUACCAUGCUGUUCAUUAACACCUUGAAGGCCCCAUUCAUUACUCAUAUGAUCGGAAGUACCACCAAAAGCUUUGUUGAUAUAGUUAUGGUAGGAGAAAUGAUUGAGAAUGCCAUAAAGGGUGGCAAAAUAGAGGGGGAAACGGCUAUAAGAUCGGCUCCAAGAAGGAAAGAUAAUAAGGUGAACAAUACGAAUAUUUAUAAUUCAAAGGCAAUUACGGUUAGUCAGCCCAAAGCAACUACAGUUGGGCAACAGGAUUCCCAAAAGCAAGGAUCUAGUUUGACACAAAAUUCUAAAAAGGUCUCAUUUACGCUUAUCCCGGUGACGUAUCGGGAGCUUUAUCAAAGUUUAUUUAAUGCGCAUGCAAUAGCUCCUUUUCAUUUGAAACCAUUACAACCCCCAUAUCCUAAAUGGUAUGAUGCAAACGCGAAAUGUGAAUACCAUGCAGGGAUAUCAGGGCAUUCAAUCGAAAAUUGCACUAGUUUUAAAAAGGCAGUAGAAAGACUAAUCAAGAUGGGGGUCGUAAAAUUUGACGACACCCCUAGUACAGAGAACCCAUUGCCAAACCAUGGUGAUCAAGGGGUAAAUGCAAUUGGAGACAUUGGCAUGAGAAGGAUUAAAGAGGAUGUAGCUGAGGUAAGAACAUUGAUAAAAGUGGUCUAG